ACAGGUAUUCUCCACAUACCGCUGCGCUGAGAGCGCCCAGGAAGCGGGCUGUACGCAGGAGGAAAAGGUGACCCGUUACACAUUGACGAUGGGACUCAGUGCGUCCUAACCCUCUGGACAGGAGCACUCUCCAGAGCAUCGCUUCCAAGCAGAAUUGUAACAUUUCAGAGCAGAGGGACCCAGUGGUGGUCCCUUUGGACUUGCCUCCUUUGGGUGUUUGUUUAUGUUUGGGAGAUAGUAACCACCUAAGCAGGACAAAAUCCAAGCAAACCGAAGGCAAAUCCUCGCUUUGCACUUAGAAGUCCAAUGAAAUAUAGUGAUGGAUCAAAGGAUUAUUUUUGCUCAAUGAAGCAUUUGGGUUUUGGGUCUCAUUGGACUCAGUUUUCAACCAGAUACUAUGCUCAAGGGCUGGAACUGGGAAAUCCCACUACAGCCUUACAAUGUCAGCCCCGGUGAAUUUAAAGCAGAAUUCUGGAUGAAGCCCUGCUGUGCUUAUCAUUUAAAAUUUAGAAAUGGAUGGGGAGAGAGGGGUAGAUGAUGGGAAGGAUUUUUUCCCUCUGCAAUUAGCUUAGUGUAUUAAUUCAGGAAGCAGUCGGUUCCAUCUGAUCGGAGGGCUCAGUAAUCUGAACCAUCUGCCGGGGCGUACGAGGAAGUCCGCCUCUAAUCCAGCUUACAGCCCGCACACCCCUCUUCUGCAUCAGGACGCCCUUGAAGGAUGAGGCCCCACAAAGUCCUUUGCUCUUAAAUACGUGGCCGUCAUUGAGGAUAUUAGGAGAUUUUGUCUUUUUUUUUUCCUUCAGAUUUUGUCUGAGUUUUGGGUUUCUUUUUCUGGGGAAAAAGAAAUGGCUUUCUUUAUGAAAACUAUGAUAAGUAACCAGGUAAAGAAUUUAGGAUUUGGUGGUGGGUCUGAAGAAAAGAAAGAAGAAGCAGGGACCUCGGAUCCUGCCGCAGCUCAAGGGAUGACCAGAGAGGAAUAUGAGGAAUAUCAGAAGCAAAUGAUCGAGGAGAAGAUGGAAAGAGACGCUGCAUUUACACAAAAGAAGGCAGAAAGGGCGUGCCUCAGAGUUCAUCUCAGAGAGAAGUACAGACUUCCGAAGAGCGAGAUGGAUGAGAACCAACUCCAGAUGGCUGGAGAUGAAGUGGAUUUGCCCGAAGAUCUCCGGAAAAUGGUAGAUGAAGAUCACGAAGAAGAAGAAGAAAAGGAUUCUAUUCUCGGGCAGUUACAGAAUCUUCAGAACAUAGACUUGGACACCAUAAAAGAAAAAGCCCAGGUCACGUUCACAGAAAUCAAGCAGACAGCAGAGCAGAAGUGUUCUGUGAUGUGAGGGGCGGGCACAGGUGCAGGAGGGGACCAGGUCAAGGCAGAGGGGACCAGGUCGAGGUGGAGGGGACCACUCUCCUAUGGAAAGUCUUGAGUAGCAAAUACUUCAAUGCAGUGAACGAGGUUAGAAAAACUAUGAUGACAAACCUAUAUGAACAGGUAGACAAGUUGAUGUUCUAACUGUUCCUGGUAGGACAUUUAGCUAGCCCCUGCCAGCGGAAAUGACACCC